GGGACUGUGCGAACCAUUGUCAUGGCAACAACUGUCGGUGCUAUCGUUUGUUUAUUUACUCAAAAUUUUGAAUAAUUUCCUAUCUAGACUGCUUGUUUUUACUUUCUUUUUACAUGUCUUUCUCACAAAGCAACAACAUGGCAUUAAAUCUUCCUCUUGAUGAAAAAUUAACUGCGAGCAUAAAUCGAAGAAGAAUAGUUGAGGAACAGCGAAAACAACGUAUUUUCAACAGUAAAGUCAGACAGAUUGGGAUUGAUGUUGAAGCCCUGAAUUGGCAAGUUCAUGAUUCCAAAUUUCAAAGAGCAAAAGAAGAAGAAAGAGACAGAAAAUUUGCUGAAGAAGCUAUAAAUAACGACAAACUUGCCCUUCUUUUUGAGCAACAAAAAAAUGACCAAGUUCGUGAAGUUAAUAAGAAAAUGGAUGAAUAUCGCCUUACUGCACAGAGACCUGAAUUUAGAAGAGAUUUUGACUUAUAUGAUCCCGAUGGGAAAAAGAAAGAACUUCCUCCCAGGAUAUCAGAUAAUGAUCUUUGUCCUAUAUCUGGAUUACAAAAAUUGGACGGAGAAGAUUUAAACAAUAAAAAUAGAAGCAAAAAGCAGAAACAGCAGAUUCGAGAUCUUUUGUUGCAACAAAUGCACGAGAAGCGCCUUGAAAAUUAUAAAAAAGACAGAGAGAUUCAGGAAUGGGAAAAAGCUUUACUUGAUCAAGAUCGCAAAGCUAUGCUUUUAGAGAAGAUGCAAGAAGAAAAUUAUAAGAAGAUGAUCGAGAGCCUUAAGAGAGAUAACAAAUUGAUGUCAUUGCAAACUCUUGAAAGGAAGAUGAGUGAUAAAAUUAUGGAUGAUAUUGAGAAGAAAAAAGAUAUUGAGUUCAAUUUCUAUGAAUCCCUUCUAAAUGAAGAUCUUUCUUCUGCAAGAAGCAGUUUGGGUUCUCAUAGAGUUCCUGGAGACAGGUGGAAAGGGAUGAACAAAGGAGAACUUCAAGAAAUUUAUAAAGAACAACUUAGACAAAUAGAGGAGAAAAAGAGGAGGAGAGAAGCAGGUGAACUGGAAAAUGCUGUGUGGGAUCAACAACUUAUGAAUCUUGAGAAAGAAGCAUUACGCUUGAAAGAGGAGGAGAAAAGAAUAAAACACCUCAUGAAUGAGAACUUGCAGUCUAUAAAUCAUGAGCUUUCAAGAGAACAAAAAUUUCAUAAUGAUUACAUGAAUAAGGUGGCAUUCAAAAAUACAAUAUCCAAAGACUUUUUCUCUCAGUUUAAUACUACAACACGAUAAUGUUUUGGUACUUUUGGGCAUCAAAAAUCAGCAUUGUUAGAUUAUGUUAUUGUAUUUAUUUUGAGGUGUAAAUGAUUGUCAUGAAUUUGAAUUCUUUAGUCACAUGUUCAUUAUCUAGUCAUUUACAUUGUUUUUUUUUUUUUUUUU